UUGUGAACUUCCUGUGCCCCUUUCGGGGACCCCCAUGUCGGCUACAUGCUGUAGCCAUAUUCAGCAUCCACGAAGAACUCGUCGACUAAUGCAGACUUUACACAUUAUUGGAUUGUCUUAGAGCACAAACGAUUAACUGGCAAGGCUACGAUAGGUAUCAGUGUCAAGUCGACAGCCAUCACCACCACCACCACCACCGGUACCACCACCACCUUCAUCAUCGGUAGCCAGUCUGUGAUAUAAAGUACUAUGGCCGACAGCGGCCGAGUGAGAUAAAAUGGCGACACUGGGAGAUCACCAGGAGCUACUCCUCAAAGGAUUGCAUCAGUUUUACCGCCAGGGACAGUUAUCUGACGUCACGCUGGUAGCAGAGGACCGGAAGUUCCCGUGUAAUAGGAACGUUCUUGCUGCAACUAGUCCUUACUUUCGAGCAAUGUUUACAAGUCCAGUUAAGGAAUCAGAACAGCAGACCAUAACCCUAUAUGAUGUCAUACCGGAAGUUAUCGCCGACAUAUUGGAUUACAUGUAUUCGGGAGUGAUCUUGGUCACUGACGAUAAUGUCCAGAACCUUUACAUCGCGGCUAACCUUUUCCAGAUGACGCCUCUCAUUGAUAUAUGCACAGAUCACAUGAUAAGGGAGAUAAGCCUAUCUAAUUGUCUGGAUCUCUAUAAUUUUAGCUCCUACCACUAUAACAAGAGAUUAAAAGCAUUAUGUUGUACUUUCGUUACGGAAAACUUCACAGAUAUUUGUAAAAUGGAUAAUUUCUGCUCGAGCAUUGACGUGGAGUUUUUAGAAUUUCUUAUCUCGCGAGAUGACAUAGAUAUUGAACUCGAGGAAACUGUAUAUGAAGCCGUGAUACAUUGGGUGGAAUUCGAUAUUGAGGUACGGAAAGAUCAUCUAGGAAGGCUGUUUAAACAUGUCCGACUUCCGCUUUUAGAAAAGCAUUAUUAUUUGACGAACGUAGCUCCGAAUCCACUGCUAUCAUACGACACCUUCUGUAGGACAGUGUUGUCCUACUUCAAUUCGUGUACAAUGGAUAACAUUGACGGUAUAAACGUCAGAGACAUGGACGACGAGGAAUACGAAUUCCAGAUGUCGGGAAAGCGAAGACUUGGAAUGUUUUCCCGGAACUUGAUCAUCUUCAGCGGGGGAGCUUAUGGUCCAACCGAACGCUCGUUCACAGCCCACGACCCUGAAACACGAAAGAAUUACGCUGGAAUAAAACCACAUCCAACAUUUGAUUUCAAAUUCAAACUUGAUUAUUCUCAGUUAAUUACCGUGAUGAGGAAAUAUGUAUAUUUCAUGGGAGGAAUAUUUUACGAGAACUACCAUUUCGAGGAUGCAGGCGCUGCGCUAGACGCCGUGUUUUUAUACGACCAGAAGUCGAGCUCGUGGGUUCCUCGUGCGAACAUGUUAUUCCCGAGGUGUGCAUUCUCAGCCGCCGUAGAAGGUACCAGGAUUUACGUGACGGGGGGCAAACCUACCUUCCCUAAAGGGGACACUUUCGACAGCAUGGAAGUGUACGAUACCGAAUUAAGCAAGUGGAGCGUCCUUGAACCAAUGCCGUUACGUUUGUAUCACCAUGCAUCAGUUAUCCACGAUGGGGGACUUUUUGUUUUUGGUGGCCAAGAUGUCAUGGACGAAAUGUUGGAAUGCCUUUUCCGAUAUGAUAUUAGGAGCGGCCAUUGGGCUAUUGUGACUAGUUCGUUACCGAAACCCCGUGUGGAAGCAUCUGCAAUUGUGAUAGGUGAUAAAAUUUACAUUGUAGGGGGCUCUCAUCAACACGAGAACGCACUUGCCGUCGACAUCUACGAUCCGGCGAUCAAUAAAUGGAAACGAGGAGUCGACUUCCCUGACGAACGGAAAUUCACCGCCGUCACAGCAAUUGAUGACGUCAUUUAUGUUUGUGGUGGCGUCAGAGUAUUUGGCCGUCCAGGUAGACGAUCAAGGCGUGUGGAAACAAAAGACUUGUAUAAAUAUGACGUAGCUACGGAAACAUGGACAAAACUUGUCAAAAUGGUCCAGUUCGCUAAUAUAGGUACCUGUACAGCGGCCGUGGUCAAUUACAAACAUCUCAAUGAAAGUGAAUUCAUAAGUACGACUGUUGAACAAUAAUUCCAUAUAUAAACACCUGUUACAUGAUAAAACAGUUCUUUUUCAUGAAUGGGAUUUCUGUUUACUAUAAGUAGUAUUGUUUAUGCAAAGAUUUGGAUACAUGUGUUGUAUCUUACUAUAUAAAGAUGGAAAAUAAAACAAUGAGCCAGAA